AAUCAACCACUUAAUCUAACCCCCAUCUUCCAUAUCAAUUUGUAUUACUUUUUUGAUUAGAUUUCCCCCCCGCCCCCCCACCAACCUUGACCAAUCGAACUAGUCACACCUCUACCCAUACACACUUACUCAGAACACCGUCGAUUAUCAGCAUGACUCUUGUAUCUGCAGCUCCGUAUUUGGCCUUGCUUGGGGAACAGGACCAAACCCUCAAGUCAUACGCACUCACAUCGUUGAAUGAUGUGGUUGACCAGUUAUGGGCCGAAAUCGCCAACAAUAUCACCGACUUGGAGGAUUUGUACGAGGACAAUUCCUUUGGAGAUCGGAAAUUGGCUGCCCUUGUUGUUUCCAAAGUUUAUUAUAACUUGGGGGAUUUUGAAGCCUCGGUUAAAUAUGCCUUACUUGCCGGGGAUAAGUUCUCCAUUGAUGAACAAUCUCAAUAUAUCGAGACCAUUGUUAGUCAAUGUAUCAAUCUUUAUAUUGCAAGACAGAAAGAGAAGUCUGAUGACUCUUCUUUGAGCUCUUCAUCUAAAGAUCCAUUAACCAUGGUAUUUGAAAAAAUGCUCAACAAAUGCUUGAUCAAUAAUGAUUUCAGAUUAGCUCUUGGUAUAUCCUUGGAAUCUCUUCGUCUUGAUAUCAUUGAAUCCAUUUUAAAAGAUCAAAUCAAUGCCAAUCAUGAGGAUCAAGCCCUUCAAUUGAUCAAUUAUGUCUUGGUUUGUCUGAACACAGUUCUCAUCAAUUCCGACUUCAAGACCAAAGUCUUGAAUUCCUUGAUUCAUUUAUUGUUUCUGCUUAAAUCAAACCCAGAUUUCUUCACGGUAUUCAAGAUUGUGGUUCAAUUGAAUGAUCCAAAGUUGGCAAUUGAAAUCUUUAAACGAUUAUUGAAGGAAAAUGAAACCUUGAUUGCCUAUCAGGGAGCCUUUGAUUUGGUCAGCACCGCCCUGCAGGAACUUCUUGAUAAGGUUAUCCUGGGAUUGACCUCUACCGAAGAAGAAGAAACUGAGUCCACCUCUCUCACUAAACUUCUCUAUAUUCUUAGCGGAAUUCCAACCAGUGACUACGACAUCACCUUCCUCCACAAAAAUAAUAACACCGACAUCACCAUUCUUAACAAGACUAAGAAUCUUCUUGAAGGAAGAAGCUCGAUUUUCCAUUCGGCAGUCACGUUCUCCAACGCCUUCAUGCACAGUGGUACCACUGAUGACUCCUUUUUCCGUAAAAACUUGGAAUGGUUGGGCAAGGCCACCAAUUGGUCGAAAUUCUCCGCCACUGCAGCCUUGGGGGUUAUCCAUAAGGGUAACUUAUCCCAAGGUCGUAACAUCUUGAAGCCAUAUCUCCCCGGAUCUGCUGGUGCUCCUCAUACCAAGGGUGGAUCCCUUUUCGCUCUUGGAUUGAUCUUUGCCGGCCAUGGUAGAGAAACUAUAGACUACUUGAAGAGCUUUGUGGUUGAACAUGGGAACUCUGCUGGAGGUAACGACACCGACGUGAUGUUGCAUGGUGCCUGCCUUGGUUGUGGUGUUGCCGGCAUGGGCUCCAACAGUGAAAGUUUGUACGAGGCCUUGAAAGUGGUGUUGUACUCUGAUUCUGCCAUUUCUGGCCAAGCGGCAGGUUUGUCGAUGGGGUUGGUAAUGUUGGGAUCUGGUAACCCUACUGCCAUCAACGAUAUGUUAACCUAUGCCCAGGAAACUCAACAUGAAAACAUCAUUCGUGGCUUGGCCAUUGGGAUUGCUCUUUUAAACUAUGGUAGAGAAGACCAUGCCCUUGACACCAUUGACAAAUUGAUGGCUCAAGAAAGCUCCAUUUUAAGAUAUGGUGGUGCCUUCACCAUUGCCUUGGCAUAUGCCGGUACCGGAAACAAUGGAGCCAUCAAAAAGUUACUCCAUUACGCGGUUCUGGACCCUUCAGACGAUGUUAGAAGAGCUGCUGUCAUGGGUUUGGGAUUUGUUUUAAUCCGUGAUCACACUGCUGUCCCACAAAUUGUCGAACUUUUAUCUCAAUCUCAUAAUCCUCAUGUUCGUUAUGGUACAGCCAUGGCCUUGGGGAUUUCGUGUGCAGGUAGAAACUUGGCCAGUGCCAUUAAAGUGUUAGAACCACUUACCAAAGAUGCUGUUGACUUUGUUAGACAGGGGGCAUUAAUUGCCACUUCUAUGAUUCUUAUUCAACAAAAUGAAAUUAGAAACCCUAAGGUUAAGGAUUUCACCAAGUUGUAUGCAGACACCAUCAAGAACAAGCAUGAAGAUGCCUUGGCCAAGUUUGGUGCCACUUUAGCCCAAGGUAUCAUUGAUGCUGGUGGACGUAAUGACACCAUUAACUUGGAAAACACCCAAACCAACACAUUAAACAUCAAGGCCAUUGUAGGGUUGACUGUGUUUGUUCAAUCGUGGUACUGGUUCCCACUUGCUCACUUUUUGUCAUUAUCAUUUGCUCCAACUGCAAUUAUUGGAGUUAAGGAAGAUUUGAAAAUUCCUAAAUUUGAUAUUAACUGUCACACAAAGCCGGAAUUAUUCCAAUAUCCUCCAAAAACUGAAGAAUCCAAGGAAAAGCAACCAGAUAAGAUUGCCACUGCUGUUUUAUCCACCACCAACAGAGCCAAGGCUAGAGCCAAGAAGAAUCAAAUUAAAAAGCAAGAUGAUGAAGAUGUUAAGAUGGAAGAACCAGUGGUUAAGAAGGAAGAAGAUGUCAAGGAUGAAGUUGCCAAGGAUGAACUGAAGAAGGAUGAAGCAUCAGAUGAAGUCCCAGUUAUUCGUUAUUGUAAGACCCCUUACAAGAUUAGUAACAUGACAAGAGUAUUACCAGCUCAAUCCAACUACAUUUCAUUCAUUAAAGACGAACGGUUUAUUCCUGCCAGAAAAUUCAAGGGUAGCAGUGGUAUUAUUGUAUUGGAAGAUACCAGACCAAAUGAAAAGCUUGAAAUCAUUAAGACGGUUAGACAGUUAAAUAUCACUGAAGCUCCAGUCCCACUUCCAUUUACCUUGAAGGGAGAAGAUUUAGAAGAUGAUGAAUAACGUAACCACAAAUAAGUAAAAUAUAUAAAUAAAUAAAUUUAAAAUUAGAUUUAAU